GAAAUUCAUCUUCUCCAGGUUAAGAAAACAAGGGAUUUCUACACUCCUUCGGAGCUUCUUCAAUCCCCUUACUCAUACUUUCUCUGAAGGAAGAACAAGAAAGUCCCACAGAAAUACUAUAAGAAUGAAUAGUAGAAGUGGCAGCAAGCUUAAUUUUCUCUUGCUUUCUUUCUUUCUCUUCUUUCUUGUGACUACCCAUCUCUCUUUUGUUCAUGUUCUCGCCGAUUCCCACUUCGAAGGCUUCGAUGCGGAAGAGGAAGAUGGGGUAGAGGAAGAAACCUUGGAUCCCAACUUGCUUCGGUCUCCUCCCGUUACUCAAUCCCAGUCUUCGAUUCCUUUAGAUCCCAAAUCCGAAAUUAGUUCGGAUCCAGACUUUAAGGAGGAUCUCAAUUUGGAUACUCCAUCGAAACCUGAAUCGGAUGUCCCGAAGCAAACGGCAACUAGUUUUGAGUAUUGGGAUGAGGAUGAAUUCGAGGGUCUGCCCGUUGAAUAUCCACCGGUUGAAGAAGUACCCAAGGUUGCUGAAAAUGCAACUCCCAAUGACCCAGAUCCGGAAACAGCAAAGAAACCUGAAAAGAUUGCUGCUUCGAAGAAAUCGUUUACGGUGGAGAUCGUUUGUGGGUCUUUCUUGAUUGCUUUUAUCAUCAACUAUUUCACUGGAAAACGAGAGAACGAGAAUCUGGCGCUGUCAUGGGCUGCGCAAUUUGCAACAAAAGACUCGAUUUUUGAGAAAAAUUUUAGUUUUUUGGGUGUUGGAGACGCCGAUGAUUCACCGUUGUUGCUGAAGGAAGGCCAGAACGUUUUCAAAUUCUAUGCCAGUGGGCGCAGAUACUGCCAGGGUUUAUUGGCAACGAUGGAGUUGAAGAGCAGACACGAUUUGAUAUCGAGAUUGUUCAAUUUGGUGGUGCCAUGCAGGGAUGAGAUAAGUUUUGAGGUCUACAUGAAUGAUGAUGCCAUGGACCAAGUGAUAUUUGCGUUGGCUAAGAAGAAGCUCGCAAAAGGGAUGCAGAAGGAGAUGAAUGACUUGCAGAGGUUUGCAAGUUUGAUAACACCACCCAGCGUGAGGAAGUGGGUGGCUGAGGAGCUCUCUGUGAUCUCUGAAUCCAAGGAGGUUGCUGGUGAUUUGAUCACUGAGGCUGUGCUUGAACAGGUUUUUGGUGAAAAAGCCUUUGAGAAAUAUGGAAAGGACUUCAUUUCAAUGCAUUUUUCAGAUCAGCACCCUGGCACUCACAAGAAGAUGCUUUUAUUCAAGUUUGCCCUCCCUGAUGUGAACCAUAUGGCUGAUAUGACUCGGUUGGUGGCUCUUGUGCCCUACUACAUUGAUCUGGUUGGACGGUAUAAGCUCAGUUCACAGGCACGGUCUAAAACAGAUGCGGCUAGGUUGAAGGCUGCUCAGGAGGCAUACAAAGAACUACAAAGUGCUCGGCAAGAAGCCUUGCAGAAAAAGAAGGCCGAGAGGAAAAAAAUGCUAGAUGAGUCUGAGGCAAAGCUCAGUGCAGAAGCUAUUCGCAAGAAAGAAUCAAAGGAACGUGCUCGUCAGUUAAAGAAAGCUAUGCCAAAAGUAAAGAUGACCCGUGCUAACUAGGUUACCGGAUUUCAAUUGCCAGCAUUCUGAACUUACUCUCAUCAGUCCUUGGUUUCUUCAAACUAGUUGGGUCUUGCAUUCCAUAGGUUAUUGGUUUCUAGCACGUUGUAUUUCAGCUGUUCCCAUGGCUGGCUUAGAUACUCUCCUACAUUGCCACAUCUUUGUGGGUUUUGACUGUACCAAAAAUUAGUGCCACAUAAACCUCAUAAAUUUUCUGCUUUGGAUUGACAUUUUCAGCCUUAAUUUGAGUAACUCUCAAAGUUAGCCCCAGAUUGUUGCUCUUGAUUGCCCCUAUAAUUGGCAGCCUAUAGAGAUUAAGAUUAUAGAUGGUUCCACUUAGUCCGUUCUUUUAAAAGAUGACAAAGCAGAAUUAAGUUGGUCUUUGUUU